UGUUUGGAUCUGAUAUAUGGCUGUUCCUAAUUGAGGCGGUGCUGACAAUUCGUGGAUUGAACAUGUGAUUCCAUGUAGCCAAACAAUCCGUCUUAGCACGACAAGACCCAAACCCCCACGACUCCUUCCUUAUUUUUGGUUUUCGCGGGAAAAACCUCAGCUAAGGAAAGAACGAAAAAGCUUCGGAGAAAAGCCGAAAAGCUCUGUACACCUUUUUCUUAACAACACUACUGUUCAGUACAGCACCAGAACUGAGGCUUAUUUUGAUUUUCGAUAAAAUGGAAAACUUGAAGUUUCCUGCAUUUCCGUACAAGCCAUACACAAUCCAGGUUGAUUUCAUGAAUGCGCUUUAUCGUUUUCUGGAAAACGGCGGCGUCUCCAUGCUUGAAAGCCCAACUGGGACUGGUAAAACUCUCAGUAUUAUAUGCAGCGCUCUGCAAUGGGUAGUGGACCGUAAGAAACGAGGGAAGUUAGACAUGACGGACGAAUCUGAUAAAGUUAUAGGAAAUGAUAAUCAAAUUGGUUCGGAUGAUGAACCGGAUUGGAUGAAAAACUUUGUCAUAAACAAAGACGAUCAAGCACUUGAGAGGAAAAUCAAGAAGGAAAAGUUCAAAUUUGGAUUGAAAAAGCACGAGAAACAACAGAAUCGUGAAAGUUUUAGGGUUUUAUUCUCACGCGACCUUGAAGAGGAAGAGUUGCAUGCAAAGAAGGAAAGUGAGGAUUUGCAAAACAGAAAUGAUGAAGAGGAGUUGACUGAUGAAUUUCUGUUGGAAGAAUAUGAGAGUGAAGAAGAAGGGGCUCUUAGUGGUGGGAAGUCUAAGAGGAAGGCUGGUGGGGUUUCUGUUGGUUCAUCCAGUGAUGAGGAAGAGGAAGAAAAUGGGUCUGAUGAGGAGAAAGAAGGCUUGAAGGUUUACUUUUGUAGUCGAACACAUUCACAGCUUUCACAGUUCAUAAUGGAGUUAAGAAAGACGUCUUUUACUAAUGCAAUAAAGGUUGUCUGUUUGGGCUCCCGAAAGAAUCUCUGUAUAAACAAAGAUGUUUUACGACUUGGUAACACAAUUCACAUUAACGAACGGUGCUUUGAGCUUCAAAAGAAGAAGAAAAAUGCAAUUUCCAAAAUCAGGAAUGUAGAUGCAGAAGGAACAAUUCGCCAAUCCAAGGCUUCUUGUGGAUGCCCAAUGCUUAGGAAACAUAAACUGCACAGACAAUUCAAGAAUAAGAUUUCUCAACAAGGAGCAAUGGACAUUGAAGAUCUUGUUUCACUUGGAAGAAAUAUAGGAACUUGCCCGUAUUAUGGCUCCCGAAGUAUAUUCCCAGUAGCUGACCUUGUAGUUCUUCCAUAUCAAUCUCUUCUAUCAAAAUCAUCACGUGAGUCACUUGGUCUGGAUUUGAAGAAUAAUAUUGUUAUAAUAGAUGAAGCUCACAACCUGGCUGACUCUCUUACAAGAAUGUACGAUGCAAAAGUUACUUUGUCACAGUUGGAGAAUGUACAUCACAACAUAGAGAAGUAUUUUAGAAGAUUUCGCUCCCUCUUGGGACCUGGAAAUCGAAGAUACAUCCAAACUUUCAUGUUCCUUACCAAGGCGUUCCUCCAAGUUCUACUCAAUAACAAUGAUGCUGAUUAUCUAAAUACUUGCCGAGAGACAGAAAAGACUCUUGGAGUCAAACCUACUUCUGACUUUUCUAUGGCCAUAAAUGAUUUUUUAUUUUCUUUGAAUAUUGAUAACAUUAAUUUUUUCAAAUUGCUAGAGUAUAUAAGGGAAAGCAAUAUCAUUCACAAGGUCUGUGGAUAUGGAGAUAAAAUGGCUAGCUUGCAGAAAGAAUUGAUGGUUGAUGCUGAUGGGAAAAGUUCUGAGGAGGCAAGUACACUAUCUAGUUUUCGAGCAUUUGUGGAUUUUUUGCUGUCAUUGACAAAUAAUGAUGGUGAUGGACGGAUAAUAAUUUCAAGGGCAAGAUUGAUGGCCUCUGAAAAACAAGCAGGAUCCUUAAAAUAUGUAAUGCUCACUGGACAGAAGAUUUUUUCAGAGAUAGUGGAUCAAGCGCAUGCAGUCAUACUGGCAGGUGGUACUCUCCAACCAAUAGAAGAGACAAGGGAGAGACUUUUUCCAUGGUUACCAUCAAAUCAGGUGCAGUUCUUUUCAUGUGGGCACAUUAUCCCUCCAGAUAGCAUAAUGCCAGUUGCAGUUUCUCAAGGCCCAUCUGGUCGGUGUUUUGAUUUUAGUUACAGCUCAAGAAACUCGUCAACUAUGAUAGAGGAGCUAGGGCGCUUGAUCUGCAAUUUGGUGACGGUGGUUCCAGAAGGAAUUGUUGUGUUCUUCUCCUCUUUUGAAUAUGAAGACCAGGUCUAUGAAGGAUGGAAGAAUUCAGGCAUCCUUGCAAGGAUGUCAAAGAAGAAGUGUGUAUUCAGGGAACCCAGAAGAAGCAAAGAUGUAGAAUCUGUUCUCACAAAAUACAAGGAAAAAAUAGAUAAAAUAUGUAAUGGAGAAAGAGGCGUAGUGGUUCAAAAUGGCGCUAUACUCCUAGCUGUAGUUGGUGGAAAGAUAUCAGAAGGCAUCAACUUCAGCGAUGGGAUGGGUCGAUGUAUAGUCAUGGUUGGACUGCCUUACCCAAACCCAGCUGACAUUGAAUUGUUAGAAAGGAUUAAGCACAUUGAAGGUAUAGGGUAUUCAAAUUCAACUGAACUCUUAGUUACAGAUGAUUACCACAGUGGAGAUGUUCAUGACGGAUUCAGCCUACUCAGAAGGUGCAGGCGACGAGGAAAAGAAUAUUAUGAAAACCUUUGCAUGAAAGCCGUAAAUCAAUCCAUUGGUAGAGCAAUUCGGCACAUAAAUGAUUAUGCAGCAAUUUUGUUGGUUGACUCUCGGUACGUGCAAGAAUCAUCAAAAAGAAGCUUCUCUCACCCAGUCAACAAGCUUCCACAGUGGAUUAAAGAUCGUCUUGUUUCUGCACCCAUGAAAUAUGGUGAAGUCCAUAGGCUUCUGUCACAAUUUUUCCUAUCAAAGAAGAGUGUGGUUUCACAGAGAGUAGAGAAAUAAGUUAAUUAUAAUGUAUACAUAAAUCAACAGAGAAAAUGUUCUCAAAAGUUAUGAGGAGUAGGCCAGAGAUAGAAACUUUAUGAGCAACCUUGUUAAUCCGUAUAUCACUUCCCACUUGAUAUUCGUUAAAACGAGGCAAGUGCUUUUUCAGUCUUAUUAAGUGAACCAGGGGAGGAAAUUUUACCAAAGAAAAUUUUGAUUCCAUUGACGAGUUUUGCUGUUAAAUGGACUCUCCUUGUGCACA